AUGACCAGGGGUGCUUGGACGUGUCGGCAGCAAGAUGACGGCUUAAAAAUCUGCUUCGCACCCCGAGAGGACGAAAAGCCAUUAUUCACCGAUUCUGAAAGGGCCCAGAGAUGGCGACUGUCCUUAGCCUCUCUUUUGUUUAUCACCGUUUUGCUCUCUGAUCAUCUGUGGUUCUGCGCCGAGGCGAAACUGACGAGGACGCGAGACAAACGGCUGGAGCACACGAACCAUAUACUUUCAUCCAGCCAUCAGAGAGAGCAGAGUCUUAUUUUUAUAGGCAAUUCUACCAAACCUCUGUGGAGACUUGAAACUUGUCAUCCUGACAGCCUCUCCAAAAACUGCUUGACUUUUGAUGAGGCGGAAGCCGUGUGCUCGGGCCUCUCCGAGUGGAACCUGAGCGAUUUCUAUCUUUCUUUUUGUAACUCCUACUCGCUUUUGGAUUUGUUUUACGGGUUUACGAGUCCGGACAAUUUGACCUGUAGCCUGGACAUGGCUGAUGCGUCGGGAUGCAGCCAGUGCGUCCAGGCUUACCAACGCUACGACCGACGAGCUCAGGAGAAAUACCGAGAGUUUGAGCUUUUGGUUCAGAAAUAUGAAACGGAUGUAUAUUCGGUGCGGACGUGUAUGGAAGAGUGCACG